GCUGGUCGUUGGUUGGAACUAUCGAUGACGCCCCGAAGCCCCAUCAAGCCGUCUAUCUCGCUUCCGAUGGUCUACCACGGAAUUUGGUAGGUGCCAACUUAGGUAAUCAUCAAAAAGGGUCCUGCAGCAUAUUCCGGAAGGGCCGAAGAAGGAACAGGGACCAAAAAAGACCCACGGAUCUUGCCGCGCUCGUCUUCAGAUGUGGGCGGCAAGACACCAUGUGUCGACUAGCCUUGUCUUGGAAUAAGCGCGUCAGUCCUUUUGAGACUUUUCUUUAGGAGGCAAAUUCUACAUGUACAUGUCGAUAUCCGACGGAGCCACUUAACAUACGGUACCAUUAUGGAUUUGAUGGUCGCAGACAACGCCAUUUUUCAAUGGACGUGACCCUUUUUUAUUUAUUUUUUUAUGGCCGCAGCAUCACAUCAAGUGCAAUUUCACAGUUAUCAGAGGCUUGAAAGCCGGCAGCUGCUUUACAUGGCACACUGUGCGACAGAACAAGUGACCAAAGGGGCCUAGCAUGAGGCCGACAAGGCACCCAUUCACCUUGGGCAAUAUGAGAUGUCCAGAAUGAGAGGCUCUGGGACGGCCGUGACGAAAAUAACUCAACAAUCGUAGUGCUCGCAAUUUACAUGCUGCCGUGCGCGCACCUCCUUUUAUAUCGGAGGGUGAGCAUCGUGGCCGAAUUCUGAUGCCGGCGACGUAUUGCUCCAAUAGCAAUGGGCAGAGCACGCCAAUGAUGUCGCAGCCGCGCGGGGUUCAACACCAUCUCACCAUGGGAGAGUAAGCAACGCCCGAGAUCCAGACUACGGUUUGCAUACACCCCAAGUGGCACAAAUCAGCAUCGUAUCUAUCCGAACGCAGCAGGUGUUACAGUUCAGCUAGCCGGGUGAAAAACACGGCAGGCACUCAUUUUUGGGGUUGAAAGCAUCAUCACCAUGAAUAAGAAAAGGUACAAGAAUGUGAGGUUGUGCGCUAGACGGCGCUCAACUUGGCAGUGGUUGCUCCCAACAGGUAAUUGAACACACCAAGAUGUCCCCGAUUAUUAGUAUAGCCAUUUGGGCUACUUUACUGUCCACCAUCACAUCCCUCACAUUCCCAUAUGAAAACAUGCAGCUUGAUCCAGCCGAGGCAUUGUCUUUUCCAUCUAUUGCCUUUGGUAAUGCCACAAUCCCGAUCCCUCAGCAGCCGUCCUGCAAAUCAUAUCCAGGAGAACCUACCUGGCCCUCAGAAGCAGAUUGGUCCCGUCUCAACACAACCCUCAACGGCCGCCUCUUGAAGCCCCAGCCGCUCGGCGCAGUCUGUGCACCCUCACAUCCCGCUUACAACAGCAAUCGGUGCAACACGCUGGUACGCAGCCUCUCUGGCACGCGCACGCUUCUCGACGACCCCUUGAACGUGCUGACGGUGUACCUCGAGGGUGACACCUGUCCCAUCUCAACGUCAAGCAGGAAACCGUGCACCCAGGGCGGGUUCCCCGUCUACGUCGUCAACGCCAGCACGGUCGCGCACGUCCAGGCCGCCGUCAACUUUGCCCGCAACCGCAACAUCAGGCUCAUAGUCAAGAACACGGGACACGACUUUGGCGGCCGCUCCGCCGGCGCUGGUGCCCUCAGCAUUUGGACUCACCACCUCAAGUCUGCAACCUACCUCGCCAACUACACCGCGGAUUCUUCGCUCUACACCGGCAAGGCGGUCCAUCUGGGCGCCGGCCUUGAGGCCUGGGAGCUGUCCGACAUCAUGGUGGACCACCGCAUCUCCCUCGCAGCCCCGGGAUGGGCGACCGUCGGCGCCGUCGGCGGCUGGAUGCUCGGCGGCGGCCACGGCCACGUCACGUCGACGCUGGGGCUUGGCGCCGACCAGCCCCUAUCGCUCAACGUCGUCACCGCCGACGGGCGCUUCGUUACGGCCGACGCGACGCACAACGCCGACCUCUUUUGGGCGCUCCGCGGCAGCGGCGUCGGCCCGGCCUUUGGGGUAGUCACCUCGGCCGUGGUGCGUGCGUACGAACCACUAUCGCUGGUUAGGGUGUCGCUGCAGUGGCUGACGGGGCCCAGCUACGACCCCGGAAACAGUCCCAGCCCCGUGGUGAAUAGGGAAACGUUUUGGCGCGGUGUCUCGGCGUACUACCGCUUCGGCAUCGCGGUCGGGGAUGCCGGCGGCGUCGACUUUGGCUACAUCCGCAACCGCAGCAACGGCAGCUUCAGCUUCGAUACGGGACUUACAUUCCCCAACAAGUCGCCCCGGGAGGUGUUUAACCUCCUCGCACCGCUAUACGCAAAUCUACAGUCGGCGGGAGUGAACAUCGCGAACCGCCUCCCGGCAGCGUCGAGCCCGUACGCGACCAGACGGGGCGGCACGGGCGCGUCGCUGGGCAACGCGCGCUACUCGUCGAGGCUGUGGCCGCGGGCGCUGUGGGCCAGCGACGAGGGCUUCGCGGCGGCCAUGGCGGCGGUGCGGAGCAGCGUGGAGGACGGCGGCUACACGUUCCACGGGCUGCUGAUGGCGGCGCGGCCGCUGGACGGGGACGCGGCCGACUCGGUCAGUCCCGGCUGGCGCGCGGCGGCGAUGCACGCCUCGAUGCAGGACGACACGGCGCUGGCGGACCUGUCGCCCGAGGCGUGGCGCGCGGCCAACGAGCGGGUGCUGCGCUACUCGGCCGCCAUACGGGCCGCGACGCCCGGCGGAGGCGCGUACAUCAACGAGGGGGACUCGCUGGAGCCCGGCUGGCAGGAUAACUUUUACGGGCUGGGCAGCUACGCCCGCCUGCUGCGGGUCAAGGCGGCGCUGGACCCGUGGGAUGUGUUUUGGGCGCCGACGGCGGUGGGGAGCGAGGGGUGGGAGGUGAGGACGGAGGAUGGGACGCUUACGCAAAACGGGAGGCUCUGUCGCGUCGGCUCAUAGGGGAUCCGGACCACUUGGGCGCCCGCCGGCGAUCUUUGCUGUUGUGGUCUUGGGUUUUUUCGUGCGUCGCAAGUACCUGUUCCCAAGAAUCCCAACCUCAUGACGAUCGUCGACAGCUUUUUCGUGGGUAUGAAUCGCCGGAUCGGACUUCGAGUUCUCGACGGCGGCGUCUCUCGCAGGCGCAACCUUGAAUAGUAUCAGAAUUGCACCACAUACAGUCGAGUCUGCAGUCUGCAUAGCUUAACAAUGUCGAUCUGAAUUUCGGGAAUUUAUGCCAUCCC